AGUAAAUUACAUUUUAAUAAUUGCAUUGGAUUUCACAGGCAGCGGGGGACGUCAAAGCUUGGGUCUUAUUAUUAAUAAACAUGCAGUACCCUUCUAUGAUCUCACGGCGGCGCCAAAAACACGUAAAGUUUCAGAUACCGGAAUGUCGAGCAGGCGUAGAAAGCGCAGGCAGAAGCAGGCAGCGCAAGGACUCAGCGAUGGGAAAGAUGCACAAAGGAGCUGGGAGAGUGUGGAGAGGCUGGCCUUCAAAUACAUGGAGAAAUGCAAAGUGGAAUCGAGCACGGACUCUGACUCUGACACGAGCCCCGAGGGAUGUGCGUCAAGUACGUCUGAAAGUGGAGCCGCUAAGAAGGGUCCCGUGAGCCGGUACAGUCUCCCGUCCCUGGAUCCCUACGAUGGUUGCUCGGAGGAUUCCUCGGAUCUGUCUGACUGCAGCCUGAGGAGCCGGCAGCCCAUCACCAGCAAUCCCCCCCGCGGUGUCCCUUCCACAGAGAAGGAGUCUUUCCCCAAAGACCCAGGGAAGUGUGGAGCUGCCUGUGUGAAGCUCCACGCAGCUGGCUCUAAAGCGAGCCCUCCCACUGACGUGCACAUGAGGUCUUCCAGCGAUUCUGAGACCACAGCGUCCAGGAGCCUGAAGAGAGAGCCGCUGUGGCAGAGGGCUGUGGACUCGGGGAUCCUCACAGAGUCUCCGGGACAGUGUGCUUACGUGAGCCGGACUCUGGCCAGGCUGCCCGAGAGCCCCACCUACAGGGCGAGGCACAGCCCCCCCGCCCCGGACUCCAUGCCGAAGCGCAAGCUGGGUUUCCCGGGGCCGGACACAGCGGAGCGCGUGCACAAGAAGAAGCAGCGCGUCGUCACACUGGAGGACACAGAGUGAAGACGGGGCUCUGUUUGUGGGGAGACGUGAGAUUCUUUCCAGGACACAGAGUGAAGACGGGGCUCUGUUUGUGGGGAGACGUGAUAUUCUUCCCCGGACACAGAGUGAAGACGGGGCUCUGUUUGUGAGGAGACCAGAUUUGCCUGUCCCAGUCACUGAGGCACUUUUUUUUGAGGCAGUUUGUUUGUAGGUCUUGAUUGUGUAAAUAUAUAUAUUUUGAAGAGUGAAUUUAAUUUUGAAUUUUGAAAGCAUAAUUUAGGAGAAAAAACCAAACAUAACAAACUGAAGGGUAAUAUCCCAGUGCUUGUGUUUGUGGAAGACGGUUCUGAAAUUGUGAAUGUAAAUAAUAAUACAUCUGCACGUCAAAAAAAAAAAAAAUUAAUUUAUCUUGCAGUUUAAUAAACAAAUUACAGAACUUCACCACAAUCUGUAAGAAACAAAAAUGGUACCUGGUUUCAUUUGUUUUGUUGUUUUUGGUUUGUUACACGAAUGCGUAUCCAAGGCACUUCCCUGGGGCUGGAGUCAUGAAUCCACAGGAGGCGAGGCUUCUGUCUGCUGCGGCUGCUUCCCCCUCAGAAACCCUUUGAGAUGCGCACUUCAUAUUGUCAGCGUAGUGGAAGAUCCUGGCUGGGGUUUCAUUUAAUGGUUCCCUUCAUCCUGCCCUGUCAACUCAUAUGCCUGCCUUAUAAUCAAACAACUUUUAA